AUGUUAAGGAAUCUGAAGAUAGUCCAAAAUUUAAAGCGUAUUGGAUAUGUUCUAGAUCCUAAAGUUCUUGGUCUUUUACUAAAAGGGGCCACACAAGAGGAACAUGACACUUUGGAUAGAUGGAAAGAACAUGACAUGCAGGUUAGGUACUACUUGUUGGCUUCUAUAACCAAUGAGUUACAGAAGAAACAUGAAAAGAUGCAAUCAGCAUCUGAGAUCCUUGAUCACCUACAAGAAUUAUAUGGUGAGCAUAGUAGAAAUGCUAGAUAUGAGAUAUUUAAGCAAUUGUUUAGAAUGAGGAUGAUAGAGGGGAUGGAUGUGGGAGCCAUUGAAUGCACACUAGCUGGCUUGUUAAAUUUGCUAGUCAUAACACAGAAAAAUAUUUCUAGCAACAAGGGAAAGGAGGUUGCUUUGAUUGCUUCUUCUUCUUCUAAAAAUUCCAAGAAGAAAAAAAGAAACAAGAAGAAGAAACCUUCUGUUCUUGGUUCAUCUGGCAGGAUAGCCAAGAACCAAUUAAAGAAAAAGAAGAGUAAAGCUGUGGCUAAUAAGGAAAAGUGUUUCCACUGUCAGAAGGAAAGACAUUAG